AUGGGAACUGUUGUGUAUCAACAAGGGUUUCAGUCAUCUCAGCUUAAUGAACCUUGGGCUUUAAGGCUUAGGCUAUCUUCACCAACUCCUCACUUCUCUCAACCCUUUGGUUUAGCCCUCAAGUCUCAUUUGCUUGACUCCGCUAAUGCAAAAGACACCCAAAACCGCAACGAUGGCAAACCAGCUGCUUCCUUGGCUCCUGACUCGAGUGGCUGGAGCUUUCUUCAGUCCCUAUCCUCUGGCUCCUCCUCCUCUCUUUCAAAAAGCACUGAGAAAGAGAAGACUUAUGUUCAUCGUCCGUCUUCUUCUAGAACCCUAAGUGAUGAGAGCUUAGCAUUGUGCACUGAAAACCUAGGAAGCGAAACUGGCUCUGAUGUUACUGACGUAGAAGAUCUGUUCUCGCUCUCUUCAUCUGACGUGCAGACCAAGAAAUUUGAGGGAACAGCAAGGGAGACAAGAACGUUAAAAAAUAGGAAAGGGUGCCCUAGAGAUCUCCCACCUCCUUUGACCAGUAUGAGAGGGUCUCAAUGCAUUCACAUGAGACCACACCGUGAAGAUGGAAGACUGGUCAUGACUGCCACAAAAGCACCGCCUCUUAACAUGUGCUUCCAAGCUGACCGAAGCAACGGUCGUCUCCGACUCUCUAUCUUGAAAGAUACAUAUGAGAAUGUAGAAAACGAAGAAGAGAAGUCUGAGCCGGAAGAAACCGAAGAAUCCAAGGAGGAAGAAGACCAUGAAGACGGUGAAGUGAUGGACAUGGAGAAUGUUCAAAUAUCAAGAAGAUGUAUUGAAGGUAAUAGGGAAAACAUGAGAUUGCUAAAUUGGGAAUCCUUCGGAGUUGCUACUUCCUAAAAAUAAGAUACUUCUUAAUUUGGCUCUGUUUUUACAGUUUCACUUUCACAAUUUUUUUAUUGUAAUCUUUUUUUCAAUAGAAAUAUCACCGUUUCCU